GAGACACUGCCACGAGUGGAGGGUGGGUCUUCGCGGGAGGGCUUGGCGAGUCAGACUAUCCAGAAUUCUCCCGCUUGGCCUCUGGGCCUUUACACCGGGGCCGUUGGAAAGGGAACAGGGGUCGGGGGGGAACGGAACUUGAUCGCAGGGGUGAGAACGCACAUAACGGGUUAGUCUCCGAACCGGGCGGAGAAGCUGUCUGGGCUCCCAUGUCCCUCCAGGGACUCCACGGCUGGGCUCCUGGGCUCCCUGUCUCCACUGCGUCGUGCUCACACCCUGGCACGGGCUUAUGACUCUGGAAAUGCGCGGCAGGCAGGGAGCGGAUGUUUACUUAUUGAACGGGGUGUCUCCCACCGUGCAGGUCUAUAUCCACAUCUUACUUACUCAUUGCAACUCUUUGUGGUAAUACAAUUGGCUCCAUUUCCCAGGCGAGCAAAUGGAGUCUCAGAGAGCUUUGCAGAGACCGGCCGUCAGGGACUUAAGUGGUCCUGUGUUCCGGCGACAUGCGUGAUUGUGCCCUUCCACGGGAGGUUUCUCCGGGUCCCCUUUCCCCUCGGCCCUGGCUGGCCCUCUCGGUCCCGGGGGGUCAGCCACCCCACAUCACCGCCAGCUCGUUCCCACUCGGGAGCAGCGUGAAGAUUUUCACUCGAGUGCUUCACGGAACGAUGCCAUUUGAAGUGCGGCUUCUGCUGAUAAGCGUGGGACCAUCUGCUUGGCACAUCUCAAAUAUUUUCAGCAGUGGGAGAGCGGCUCUGAUUUCUCCAGAGAAGGGAGGCUGAAGCCAUCCUUGGAGCUGCGGGGACCGGAGACCCCGCAGGCUGGGCCCCAGGGCCCCAGGACGCGAACGGACAGCGUCCCCACUGCCACCUCUGACCCUCCCUGAGCAAAUGGAACUAAAAAUUACCUGAAGAGCCCCUGCCCCCCGGCCUCCUCAUGGAGGUGUCGAACAUGACAUCGUCCGUCGAUGAGAAGUCCACGAACACCUCGACUGCCAGGAACACCUCGGUCGGGGACCUGCAUCGGGAAAUCCCGGUCGUGCACUGGGUGAUUAUGAGCAUUUCCCCUCUGGGCUUUGUUGAAAAUGGGCUCCUCCUCUGGUUCCUCUGCUUCCGGAUGAAAAGAAACCCCUUCACCGUCUACAUCACCCAUUUGUCUAUAGCAGACAUCUCACUGCUCUUUUGUAUUUUUAUUCUGUCGGUCGACUAUGCUUUAGAUUAUGAGCUCUCUUCUGGCUAUUACUACACAAUUGUCACAUUAUCGGUGACGUUUCUGUUUGGCUACAACACGGGCCUCUAUCUGUUGACGGCCAUUAGCGUGGAGAGGUGCCUGUCUGUCCUGUACCCCAUCUGGUACCGAUGCCAUCGCCCCAAGCACCAGUCGGCGUUUGUCUGUGCCCUCCUGUGGGCACUGUCAUGCUUAGUGACCACCAUGGAAUAUGUCAUGUGCAUUGACAGUGAAAGACAGGGUCACUCUCGAAGUGACUGCAGGGCGGUGAUCAUCUUUAUAGCCACCCUGAGCUUCCUGGUCUUUACUCCUCUCAUGGUGGUGUCCAGCACCAUCCUGGUGAUUAAGAUCCGCAAGAACACGUGGACGGCCCAUUCCUCAAAGCUGUACAUAGUCAUCAUGGUCACCAUCAUCAUAUUCCUCAUUUUCGCCAUGCCCAUGAGGCUCCUCUACCUGCUGUAUUAUGAGUAUUGGUCAGCCUUCGGGAACUUGCACGACAUUUCUCUUCUCUUCUCCACCAUCAACAGCAGCGCCAACCCUUUUAUUUACUUCUUUGUGGGCAGUAGUAGGAAGAAGCGGUUCAAGGAGUCCUUAAAAGUGGUUCUGACCAGGGCUUUCAAGGAUGAAAUGCAACCCAGGCACCAGGAAGACAAUGGCAACACCACCACGAUUGAGACUGUGGUCUGAGCACCGUGGCAGGGAGCAGUGGACAAAACGGUGGGACACAGAUCAUUUGUACUUUGUGCUUGGAAUACCACUUCCAUAUGUCCUAAAUAAGACACAGAAGGACACCCCAUCCCAUUUGCAUGAGAGACUAAUUAAUGAGGAGGCUAGACUGUAUUCUUGUACUGUAUCUUCUGAAAAAGCCUAAAAAUGUGUCGGACCUCUAUCAUUUCUGUACCUAUAAAAAAACAUUUUGUUCCUCCUCAGCUCUUCCAGCAACAUUUCCCCAUGAACUGUAGAAACUACUCUAGCAGGAAGGUUUACAGAUGAGUACAGGAAAAGUUAAUGAAAGCACUUGCUGGAACUUGAGAAGGUGGAGCGAUAUGGCAGGAAGAACAUGGGCUUUGGAGUCAGAUCGACUCUGUCAUUUGCUGCCUGUGUGACCUCAGGCAAGUGGUUUGACCUCUCAGAACCCCAUUUCCUCUCUUAUAAAAUGUUUAAUAGUAAUAGUCCCCAGGCUUGUAGUGAGGAUAAAAUGGGGAGAUACAGUGCGAAUAGCGCUUGGCACAUUGUCAACGUUCAAUAAAUGUUAGUCUUUUCCUCACUCCUUGAAGUGGAAGAAGAAAUACACUCUUCUCAUUUGUAACACACACACAUACAUGCACACACGCGUGCACACACACACACACAGCUCUAUUAUAUACAAAUACUGCUGUGUGUUUUCAAAUGUUAAAUGUAAAUUUAUGAAGGUCUUCUGUCUGCUUGAAGCGUGAAAGCCUUUCACAGCACGGCACCUCUACUGAAAACAUCUGCAGAUGUUAUAACAUCCAACUAGCCAUGUGUUAGAGCAUCAUCUGAGGUUGUGAAGAAACACAUUUGGCCACCAGUAGAGGAGUUUCACAUGACUUUUCCUUCCCUCUGUGGGAAUGCUUGAUGUAAUGAAAGUCUGUUGGGAAAUCCUUUGUUUGAUAUAAGUUUUCAUGAAUGGAACUCAAUUCAUGACUUUGUGAGGGUGAUUGUGCUUUUGGAGCCUCCCAUCCCACCCCCAUGAAAUGAAAUGAUGAAGUGAUGGGUUAUUUAUGGCCACAAGGUUCUCACCUGCAGCCAGAUGCAGGUUUCUGUGCUUCGGACUUCCUCUCCUCCUGAGCACUUCUUUGCUCUAGUCUUGGGAGAAGGCACCACAGCAGGGGCUGAUGAGAGUGGCCACAUCUCGGAGGGGCCCUGGGCAUUUUUCCCAAGAAAAUCUUUGCAGGGCUUUGUCAGUACCUUAGUGCUCUGCUUGCUUGCCAUGACUUGUGUCUGAGUCUUUAGACAGUGCGUCCUGGGUUUCACCCGUGAAACCCACUGUGGCCCAUAGACUAUGUUACUACGUUUCAUCUCAUUCUGCCCCUUCGAGGUGCCCCAUGAAAGUGGCCAUGCUUUGUGUGGGUCUAGGGGAGUAAACUAUUCACUCCCAUAAAUGAGCCCAUUAGGAUUUGUCUUAACCAUUUGUUUCCAAAGGGUCAGAGAUGCUGUGAUGAAAGGGUUCUCUGUUGCUGUCUGCUUCAUCUCCAUCUUCUGACUUUGAAAGAAAUGACUGCGUGUGAGCUGAUUAUGGGGGCAACUUCUUUGGGGGAGAUGAUUGAGUCCCUCCCGCCCAGCCGACUUUGGAGGCAAGCGGCUCUUCUGUGGGGGAUGACAUCUGAUUCAGAAACCAGGCAGCUUGCUUUCAGGAGCCCAGAUGGGUGUGGAGCACUGACAUUUAGAAUGAUCUUGUUUUUGAUGGAAAACAGAGCAUCUUCCCUGGGACAGAACAAAAUACGGAGGUCAGAGCUCUCUCCUCUGUUUGCCACCAUCCCCUCCAGUGCUGUGCUGGCCUCUGGGGCAAUAGAAAGGGAUCUGUCUCAUCUCAUCUCAAAGAGAUAUUUGGUGUCAAAGAGGAACCUGAAGACCCGUGGGAAACAAGGAAUUUUCACCCACGGAAAAUACGAUGAACUCAUAAGAAGCCUUCAUCAAUUGCCUUCCUGCAGAUAAGGUGGGGAAAUUGAAUGUGACCAUCAAUAUAAAAAUUCUUCUGACCUUUUAAAGAACAAGGCCUGGCAAACAGGUAGGAUUCAGUUUGUCAGUGUUGUAAGGACGAAUUCCUCUCUCUUACCUAAACCCAUUCCCUAAAGUGAACUGUAAGAUUAAAACUCAAGCAAGAAGAUUUAAGUCAAUAUGCAUAUAUGGAGAGUUGACUAGCUAAUUUGUACCCCUUGUGCGUUUAGACACUUGGCCUGAGUCAUUGUAGGCCAGGGGGUGCCGUUUCUGAGAAUUCCCUGAGCCUGGGAGGAGCAUGUUCAGAUAUAAUGACUGUCCUUGAUGAAGGGAACAAAUAUGCUUGGACAGUCUGCUCUGCCAAACUCCAUGAUGUGAACAAGCCCCUGUGUUCUAGAAUCAGAGAGGAAGACACACACGUGUAUCUACAGCUCCAAGAUGGGCACAGAUCAAUGUUAGGGGAGUGUUCUAAACAAAGUGGUGUUGCCAUCAAGAGGAAGGUGAAAUCCCACCUUGUGUAGUAAAAAAGGAGUGUUUCAUGGAGGUGUCCUUUGGUUGCUUGAGGGCAGGUAGGAUUUCAGUGGGUUGGGGAGGAGGGGAUCCCCAAAAGAGUGUGGCACGAGCGAAGGCAGGCGGCGGCAAGGGAGAAGCAGGGCCAGUCACUGUCACUUGUAUGGGCUGGCUGGAGCAGCAGACCUUGGAGAUCCACAUGGUCCUGCUUUCCACCCCACUCCUCUCUCUUUGAUGCCGUUGUCGUUGGUCUUCCGUCAUCACAUUCUUCAAGAUUCUUGGAACAGAGUCCCUGGGCCUCCUCUCCACACCCAUUCUCACUGACAUCCAGCCUGGCCGUGGGUGGUGGUCCAAUUUCGUAUCGCCACAAGUCCCCCACUGGCCUCCAUCAGGUGGCAAAGUGACCUGGUGACCUCAGCUGUUCUCCUUUCUGGGCUACACUUGAGCCUUACAACAACUCACCAAUCUACUCCCACAAACAAAAAUCCCACAGGUCUGCCUUCUGACCAUGAUCUCCUGUCCUUCACAUGAUUCACU